AUGAAUUUAUCAGAUAAUUAUAUCCUUCCGAGAUCGCGGACUUCUUCAACCAUGUCCAAUAAGUAUAGCAGUCUACCUAAAUUCAACAACCCACAUCAUCAACACCAACACCAACACCAACAUCUUUCCAAUUCACAAUCUUAUCCAUAUACACAAUCCAGAGUAUCUUCGGCUAGCGAUAUGCAUUCUAUCAGUGGAUUUCCAUAUAAUAGAACAAUUAGUUCAUCCUCUUCGAUAAUUAGUACACCAAGUAACAAUAUCAAAAGAUUUCAAAGACAACGACAACAAGAGAACCAACAACAUCAAGCUAAGGCUAACCAAGCUCCGCGUACUUCUCGAAACACCAGAUUGGUUAAGUCAAAACUUUUGAACUUACAGCAAUCACUGAAACAACAAUUGAUAAAUAAAAUAUCUGAAGAACUGCCGAGGUCAGGUAUUAAACAUUAUCAUGGUGACAAUCGUAUGAAAUUCCCACCUCAUUUUGCCUUAGGUAAACCUGAAAAGAGUUCAUUUGAUUGUAAGAUAUAUUCCAAGUCAGUUGUUCCUCAUAAGAAUAAAUUAUUCACUCCAAUUAGAGAAUCUCAACUCAAUGCAUGGGAAUCAGCAGAAAGUGUUACACGAAAUCUUGUAUUUAAUAAUGAUUCGUCCGAUGACGAGAGUGAUGAUGAUUGUGAUGAGACAAAGAAUAAUGAUAAUGCAAUAGUUUCUAUUCCAGGAUACACCCAGGGAGAAUUAGAUAUGUUAUUCAAGUUUAAGAACUUGUCCAAUCAAGAAGAAAAGAAAUUAUUGUUUGAUUAUAAACGCAAGUUUUUAUCCCAACAAGAAAGAAAUCUAACUAAUAGUGGUGAUACAUCACUUUCCUAUAGGCGCAGCUUACAGAUUAAUCAAAAACGGGAGAUUAUUUCUAAAAUGUUUAAUAGUAACAUUAACAAUCUCAAUUUAGAGUAUAUCACAAACAACUCGAGUAAUGCAGAAGAUAUACUCCAGGUUAUAAGUCUUGACACUGAAGAAAUGAAUUAUCUAUUGGAAGAAGAUGGAAAUUUUAAAUUAUUGCAAGAAGAAGUGAAACAGAAUGUAUUCCAUAAAAAAUUAAUUGCUAGUAACAAUCAAGUAGAUGAAAAUGGGAGUGGGCAUUUCGACUAUGAUAGGUUUCAAAGUUUGACUAGUAAAAAAUUAGAUAAAAUACAUGAUGCUUUUGUGAGACAACAUGAAGAGGAUGAUAAUAGCAAUGACGACUAUCGUGAACCUAGUUUCUAUAGUGAUGAUAUUUCCAAUUUAGAAUUGGAAGAAGAAUUGCUACAGUUCACAAUUGGUCAUUUAAGGAAAUGUAUCAAAGAAACCGCUUAUGAAAACACUGGUGUUGAAGAGUAA